AUGUCUGCUGUGGCCGUCGCUGGUGGUCUAGGCGACAUGGGCAGCCGUAUUACGGGCGCCCUGGUCGAGAGAGGGAAAUAUGAAGUCUAUGUAAUGUCUCGGGAGCUACCCAAAACCGUCGUACCUUCAAGGUCGCCUCCUCUGACUACUGUCAUAGAGACAGACUAUUCAUCCGUGGAUAAACUUGCCAAAGUUUUGGAAUCUUAUAACAUACAAACCGUUAUUUGCGCAUUUUCCCUGGAUUUUCCUGCCGCUAGCGACUCUCAAAUAAACCUCAUCCGAGCCUCUGAGAUGGCCUCAACAGUGAAUCGGUUUAUCCCGUCCGAGUUCAACGUUGACUACGACUUGCCGGACGAAGUCCUGCCGUAUCCGCACAAGAAGUUCCACACCAGUGCGCGUCGGGAACUGGAGAAGACAAACCUUGAGUUCUCAUACAUUUAUGCGGGCAUGUUUAUGGACUAUUUUGCUAUGCCAAACUUGGAGACCUCUCUUCGCGAGGUUUGUUUCAUAGUAGAUCCGACCAAUGGUGUGGCCAAUGUCCCAGGAGAUGGAGAGUCCAGGAUGGCAAUGUCCUUGGCCCAAGACGCCGCGCGGUACACAGCACUCGCCCUUGAACUCGACGCUUGGCCCCGUGUCAUGACUACGGCAGCUAGUUGCAUAUCAAUUAACCAGCUAAUCACUUUGUUUGAGGAGAAUUUAAAGCACCGGCUUGACGUUACGUACCAACCAAUCCAGAAGUUGACCAAGCACGAGAAUAAGCUGCUCCCCAGGAACAUUACAAUCGCUGACAGCUUCCCGGGUGGCAUAGAGCAGGUCAAGGCUCUCACGGCAGACUUGGAGGCUUCUAUAGCCCUGGGAUCCUUCCAGUUUGACAAAUUGACAGAUCACCUGGACCUUGUCAUGGAGUUCAGAGGAAGGACAGAACCACCCAUGGUGAUCGAGCGGUUGCUCAAGAUGGCUUGGAAAGGGAAAUAA